UGGCGACGGUUGUAUGUUAACGCAGGGCUCAGGCUAUUCCAUGGAAGCGACUGGAACACAUAAUCGCACUCUAAUAACGGUUUUGCGUGACGCGUCUUCGUGAUGAGCAGUUAUAUUUACAACACUUAAAGCGGUAGAAGUGUCAGCGGAGGAUAGCUUAGGAUGUCUCCCUCAGCCGCUUAUUCGGACCAAAAUAAAUGGACCGAGAAUUUAGCGUCUUUUAUGAUGACAGUGAGGUGUAAACAACCAAAGCAACCGCCCAUCAUCGAAAUGCUUUGUCCAAAUUUCUAGCUGUCCUUUCUCAGGACUUUCACCUUCACAGUGCCACUCCAACCGCCCGGUGACAGAACAGGAAUCCCUUACUAUGAGUGAUGAUAAACCUUUCCAAUGUACUGCUCCUGGGUGUGGACAGAGAUUUACAAAUGAGGAUCACUUGGCUGUCCACAAACACAAACAUGAGAUGACCCUGAAGUUUGGCCCAGCAAGGAAUGACAGUGUCAUCAUUGCUGACCAAACCCCUACACCUACCCGCUUUUUGAAGAACUGCGAGGAGGUUGGACUCUUCAAUGAACUUGCAAGUCCGUUCGACCAUGACUUCAAAAAAGCAACUGAAGAUGACAUUAAAAAGUUACCAUUGGAUUUGUCACCGCUUGCAACACCUAUCAUACGCAACAAAGUUGAGGAACCCACAGCUAUGGAGGCACAUCGAGAUAGCCCUCUGCCUCACCCCGAAUCUACUACGAAUGAUGACAAGGACUUAUCUUUGCAGCCAGCCUCACUGCCAACAUCCACUAUAGUCCAUCCUGCAUCUCUCCAAGUUCCCAAUGUACUUCUAGCAACCUCAGAGGCUAAUGUUGUAAUACAGCAAGCUCUCCCAUCACCAACAUCUAGCUCUGUUAUUACCCAAGUCCCAUCCACUAAUAGGCCAAUAGUCCCGGUGUCUGGCACUUUCCCUGUGCUCUUACAGCUGCCUAAUGGCCAGACCAUGCCAGUUGCUAUACCUGCGUCUAUUACAAGCUCAAGUGUACAUAUUCCAACUACAAUCCCUCUCUCCCCACCUCCCUGGGUCUCAUUGUCAGUGGCUGCGAAAGGAGGCCUGGCUCUGGCCUUCCGACUUGUGUCUCUCCAUCCUCUCAUCAGCUUCCCUGUCCAUAUGCUCUCACGCAGGCAGGCAGAGCUUGUCAGACCUGUCACCGUAGUGCCUAAUGUCCCCGGGAUCCCUGGACCUCCCUCGCCACAGCCACAGCCCGUCCAAUCAGAAGCAAAGCUGAAACUGAAAGCCACGUUAAGCCAGCAGCUUCCUCAGGUAACCAAUGGAGAUGGUGGUGAAGUCCAGAGCAGCGCUGUAACCCACACUGCUGCUCCCACUUCCCCUGCUCCGACCCCAACCCCAACUCCAGCCCCAACCGCAGUCCUGACUCCUGCUUCGGCUCCUCACCUGCCUACGACUGAGGAACCCUCUCCCCAUUCCCUUCAGCAGCCAGCCACCUCCACCACAGAGACACCUGCUUCCCCAGUGCCCCCUCCGCAAAACCCUCCAAGCACAGGGGGUCGGCGGCGCAGAACCACAAGUGAAGACCCCGAUGAGAAACGGCGCAAGUUCCUGGAGCGUAACAGAGCUGCAGCCUCUCGCUGUAGGCAGAAGAGGAAAGUGUGGGUCCAGUCUCUGGAGAAGAAGGCUGACGACCUCAACUCCAUGAACGGACAACUACAGAGUGAAGUCACCCUGCUGAGAAACGAAGUGGCUCAGCUGAAGCAGCUUCUUCUGGCUCAUAAAGAUUGCCCUGUAACCGCCAUGCAGAAGAAAUCUGGCUAUCACAUCUCUGAGAAAGAUGAGAGCUGCGAGGAGAUGUCCGUCCCCAGCAGCCCCCAGAACGAGGCCAUCCAGCACAGCUCCGUCAGCACCUCCAACGGGGUCAGCUCCUCCUCCACGACCCCGGCCGUCUCCGCCCCGUCCACCGCUGCCGCCGCCACAUCAAACCAGAGCACAGAGGAGAGCCAGCCGCGGAGGGGCGCCACCCAGUCUCAGCCUUCAGGGAGUUGAUCGUCCCAAACUGUGCCCGAGCGUCAACACUGGAGCGCUGUUGCCUCUUCAAUCUCUCUAACAAACAGAGGAAAGGGAUUCUCUCUCAGCUUCAGUUUGGAUCGCACUGUUUUUAAUUUAUUCUUGAUUGGUUUGUUUAUGUUUGGUCCAUUUUGUCCUCUGUUGGCAAUGCUUUUAAAAAUGCAAUGUUGUUUCUGGAAUUGUUGAAGACAAAAGAACAGGCACUUUAGGUGUAAGAUGUAAAACACUUGGUUCUAAAAUGUUUUUGUAUUUGUGUGACUUAUUUAUUAUCCCUACAUAUGUUUUUAUUUGAAAGCGAUCAGCCUGAACGUUGAUCAGUGAAUCGUUAGAGACAUUACCAAAGUGUGUUGUAGCUCAUUUAUAAUUAGUUAGCUUGUUUGUUUUCAUGACUUUUCUAAGCACUAUCUUUAUGAUGAACGUACAUAAAGAGCAGUCACUUUUUUUAAAUAUAAUUUGCUUUUUCCAUUUUGCACAUUUUGAGAGAUGACGGGUUUACCUUUUCAGAGUUUGACAGUCCACAUGUUAAGUACUGGCAGCUUUUUAACAGUAGAUAUGAAUACUGUCACUAUUACACAAAUGUAAAUGGCUGAAUUAGAUUUUAAAUUUGACAACUUUUCUGUGAGAUCAGCUGUAGUCGCAUCGUGCAGUUUGAAUGUUUGAGCUCACCUCUGCUUGUAAAAAUAGUCUUAUGGAGGUGAGCUGGUUAGAAAUGCGUGUUAUUUCAUUAACAUUCCAUCUGUAGUCUGAUUGUUCCUGAAGCAGUGAUUGUAGGAUUGCAGUACAUUUUACACUACUCAAUCAUGGUGAUGUUGACUUCAUUCAGUGCCAUUAAUGUUUUUGUAUAAAUGACUUCCGUACAUUUUUAAUGCAGAUUAGCCUGAGUUGAUCGCUGUCCUCUCAGAUUAAGGGUCUCAUGAACAUAGUUCCUCAGUAAGGAAAUAUCUUGCUUUGUAUACUGUCUUUGCUUUAUACGUGACUGUUUAUAGCUUUAGUGUCUAAUGCAGAACACGUAAGGACAUUAUGCUGUUUUCAUGAUUGCAAUUGUAGAUGACAUUUUUAAGAAAACAUUGUAAAAAAACAAAAAACAAACAUCAAUGAUACAUUGUAUGUAAUCUUUCUAGGUGUUAUGUACUUUGUUUUUUUUAUAGAAUAGUCUGGAUUCAGUAGCUGAGCCCUGUUGAUCACAUUAACGCUGUUAGCAGUUAAAAACUGAUCUUAACAAUCUUUCAGUCAUUAGGAUAGGCCUCUCCCUGACUCCAUACAUCGUCAUGUAAAAUUAAAGCAUUCAGAUGUGAACUGGAAUCACGUCAUGUAUAUUAGAGUAACACUACAACUGCUUGUAAGAAUUGUGUGCAUUUCAUCAUUGAAAUAAUAGUAGGAAGCAAAUCACACCAUGAAGUCACGUUCCCUUUUCUCUUAGUCUGUACUGGCUUACUACUGUGUAGUUUUACGAGAAGCUAACACAUUGUUUUCUUGAAGUAUGAUUUUUUAAAAUUUUACUGUUAUGUGCUAUCUGCAUGAGAUAAUAAUUCUCUGCGAGAAUUUAACUGUUUAUUCCAUAAUGUCUCAGCCAGAUAAAUAUCAUUAAACAAGUUGUUUCAACUUGAGUUGUGGCUCUAAGUUUAUGAAAGCUUUGGUUAUUUGUUUUUACCUUGGCUUAACUGCUACAAAGGGGUGUGAUACUGUGUUGAAAGUGUACUUGUAACUUGUGAAAGUUCUGUAUAAAUUUGAAUUGAUAAGUUGUUGUAAUAAACCUUUUAAUAUCUCUUUAAAA